AUGUCCGCAAACCCGCCACCGCUCCCCAAGUCAGUCGGGGGCUUCACGCCCAUCCCCAUCGCCUACUCCCCCACCGCGACGCACAUCCUCUACGCCCGCGCGCACUCCAACCCUAAAUCUACCAAGCCGAGCGCAAAGCAAAACGACAAGGGGAAGGAGAAGGAAGCGGUCUACCCCGAGGGCCGCACGCUCUUCCUCGUCAACCUGCCCCCGGAUGCAACGGAGCGCGAGCUGACACUCUUCUUCAAGGCGGCGGGGACGGUCGAGCGAGUUGUGUUCGAUGCGGAUAGGGAGGCGCUCGCAGGCGAGGACGAUCUCGGAGAUGUCAGCGACAGCGAAGAGGAGGAUGAAGAAGGAGAUAGGGAAGGUGCAGAGGAGGCUGCAGACGCGCCCGCCGAGCGGCCCCGCAAAAAGAGGAAAACAGGCAAGCAAGAUGCGCCGCCCGAAGCCACACCGCUCCCCGCGCCCGCCCUGCGCACCCUGCGCCGCACAGGCCGCUCCGCCCACCUCGUCUUCCUCGACGCCUCCUCCCUCUCCCGCGCCCUCUCCCUCGCGGCCUCCACCAGCUCAACACCCAAAUCAACCUCAAAACCUCGCCCCUGGCCCACAGACGACUCCGCCCCGCUCGGCCUCGCCCACUACCUCGCCGCGCACACCGCCGCGCGCGCGCCCCUCGACGCCGUGCGCGCGCACGCGGACACCUACAUGGCGCGCUUCGAGUGGGCGCAGGCGCGUGCGCGGCGCGCGAGCAAGUACCGUAUGGGCGAGGCGGUCGUGGACGAGGACGGGUUCACGCUCGUUACGCGCGGAGGCGCGUACGGGAAGACGCUCGGCGGCGGCGUCGCCGUCGCGAGCAAGCAGUUCCAGGCGGAGACGGGGGGAGGGAAGACUGGUGCGGGGGGGAAGCGCCAUCGGAAGAAGAAGCCGGAGACGAAGGAGAAGGAGGGGUUCUACGCGUUCCAGGCGCACGAGAGGAAGAGGAAAGAGCUGAUGGAUCUGAAGUCGAAGUGGGAGGAGGACAAGGCGAAGGUGGAGAAGCUGAAGCAGUCUCGACGGUUCAAGCCGUAUUGA